GGCUGCUCCCAGCCAGCUGCCGCGGGCGCGCCACGAGCGGCAGAGCCGACCGAGCUGGGCGAGGCCGGGGCAGGCAGGGCGGUGCUCGACGGCACCGAGCCGGGCCAGCGAGGUGGCAGGGACGCCGGUGGCGCGGAGGCACUGGUGGAGGGCCCCAUGCAGCAGCGCUGGAUGUGGUUCCUAUGGCGAUGGCGGUGGUGCGUCCUGACGAGCCAUGAUCUGCUGGUGUACUCCGACUAUGAGGCUUCCGUCGUUGACCCCCACCGCCCGCUGGAGCGAUACAGCCGCAGGUCGCUGGACGUGGCCAGGGCCUUGCACUGCCACUCUACGCUCGUGUGCAUGGACGCCAGCAGCCGGGAUCCCCUCGUGGUCCUGCGCACGGGGCCGCGCGCGACCUUGGCGACGUUGGUCGCGUCGAGGCUUUGGCAGUACGGCUUCAGCGCCGCGAGCAGACGAUGCCGCAGCGGAGAUGGUGUGCCAGGAGGGCCAGCUCGCGGGCGCGGAGGCCUCAGGCUGUGA